CGCCAACCAUGGUCGCGGAUAACGGGCCAAGGCGUGCCAGUGCACAGAAGCGAAGUGUAACAAAUGGAGAAACCUCGUCCAAACCCUCGACACCGUCUUCUACUUUGCACAAGUUCUUUCAACGAAAGGGAGCGGAUUCUUCCUCGCCAACUCCUGAGCGAACAGUUGUCGAAGGUACACUUCAUGUCGCAUCCGAGAGUAGUACCCAAGAAAGCGGUCUGGACCAAGACAGGGCAAGCGAGGCGAAGACUGCAAAGAAGCGCAAAGAACCCAACGAAUUAAACGAAAUCCCGAGGCCGUCCGGCACCGUUCGUGAAGCAGUCUCUCCAACGCAGAUUGAUCAGGAAACAUCCACCAUAUUAGCAACAGAACAUUCGUCACGUAAAAAGCAGAAACUCCAGCAUGAACAUGGGAAAGAAGGAGAUACAGCACCGUUUCCGGUCGAUAUCAGCAAGGGGAAAGUCGUAUUUUUAGAAAAGAAGAUGAAUUUCUCAAGGCAUCCGUCGACUGUGUCCGAGCUGGCUGCCUUUUUCGAAUUUAAGCAGGAACAGAGUUCAGCUGCAUUGGACGAAAUACCAUCGCAAUUCCGAGGCCUCUUGGCGAAAUUAAUAGAGGAAAGUCCCCUCGAGCUGCAGAUGUUGGCUGAAAGCGUUAGGGAAGCGCUCUGUCCCCCUUCCUUUGAUGACCAGGAGGAAGAUGAAGAUUUUAUUCGGUCCGAGUCGAUCCAAGCUGGGAUCCAAGCGAUCGCAGAACGGCAAAAUUAUGGCAUACAAUGGAGAGGCUCCACUUGCCCGAAAUUGGCAGUCUGGCGAUGGGAAGUGCAAGAUCUAUCCUUAUUCACCAGUGAAAUGGCGGAUCACAUUCGUCAAAGACGGGCAAAACGACGCCAGGCAGCUAGGAUUUUGCACGACAUUUUCGAAAAACUUUCUGUGGAAGAACAAACGAAAUUGCUACCCGGCGACUGUAGUCCGCGUAAUGACCAGAAGAGGGUGGAGGCAGAAGCCAGAAAUGCUGCCAGAUUAGCUGAAAAAGACGCGAAAUUGAAGUUGAAGGAACAGAGAGCUGCUGAAAAGGCUGCGGAAAAAGCUGAGAGAGAAAGGAAAGCGGCAGAAAAAGCGGCGGAAAAGGUCGAGAAGGAACGAAUAGCGGCGGAGAAAAAGGCUGAGAAGGAGAGGAAAGUCGCAGAGAAAAAGGCGGAGAAGGAGAAAUUGGAGGCAGAAAAGCAGGCAGCCCGAGAAGCGGAGGAGGCAGCAAAGGCCAAACAGUUGAGUAUCGCAGGGUUUUUCUCGCGCCGAAAGAAAGACGAGACGAAAGAAGAAUUACCGGUGCCAGUUAAAUCAGAAACGCAGACCUUCUGGGAACAUUUCCCGCCGUUCCAUAAAAAGGAGCGAGUCUUCCAUGCUCCUUAUAAUAGGUUCUGGAGAGAAUUGCCACCAGACAUUGUUGACACCCUGUUCAAGGAUGAGGAAGUCUCAUUACCAUGCUUUCCUCGCAUCAUCAAUGGAACGGCUCAGCAAUCUGAGGGAAAACCUACGGAUGCUAUGGAUAUAGAUAAAGAUGAUACUCUGAGCACACUUGGAAAGGUGAAGUGGAAGUUACUGCAAUUUCACGAGAACUUUCGGCCAGCGUACUGGGGAACAUGGUCAAAGAAAAGCACUCGGGUUACGGGGAGAAGACCUUUUGCCAAAGACAUCGACCUGCUGGAGUAUGAUUAUGACAGCGAAGCAGAGUGGGAGGAGGAAGAACCUGGGGAAGAGCUGCGGAGUGAUGAUGAGGAUGAGGAGGACGGGUCAGAGGUGGGCGAUGCCGAUGAGGACGAGGAUAAUUGGUUGGUUCCACAUGGCUACUUGUCAGAUGAUGAAGGGGUGGAGAAGGAUGCGGAAGAUGAAGUGGAGGCCAUCAAGCGCGCUCAACAAAUUGUCCCAACAUCCAAACGAGCAAAGGAGCGACCAAAAUGGGGCGUGCUGGCAGCCUUGGUUCCCGAUAUAAAAGGACCUCAUUUGGUUAAUGCGUACGAGGUGGACGAUACGACACACCCGUUGAGUCAGUAUCGUGCGCAAUCUCUCCUGGAUAUCUGCGUGAACAUUGACCCGUUCGAAAGUGGUGCAAUGAAAGAGGACCCACAGACUGUACUUGAUAAUGGUACAGUAAAAGAUACGACGGUGAGGAAAACUCCCGGAAGCAAGAAGGCAGCUUUCCCAGAGGAACGCAUUUCGGAAUUGAUUCAGAUGAUCUCCGGGCGGACCGAAGGAAUAUCUAAAUUGGUGGAUGAAAUCAAGAGCAGAUGCCCCGAAGUCUCCAAAGCGCAAAUUGAAGCAAAGAUAAGAGAAGUGGCAGUGAGGGAAAAGCAAGGAAAUGAUCAGAAACCGCGCUGGCAUAUUCGGGAUGGCACUCGUUCUGUGGCAUCCCUACCCGGGACGGCAUCAAGAGUUGCACCUUCAAGUCCCGGCUCUAUUCUUGGCUAUCUGAGUCCCAAAGCUUCAAGACCUGAGACACCGAUUGGCACCCCGUCGCGACGUGCAGCGGCUGAGAAUCUUCAAGAGUCGCCAUUGAAACGGCUUUUAAGCACGCCGGUCAGAAAGAUCAUGAAAGCUGAUGAUCGGGUGUCUGUCGUUAUCCCCUCUCCCGACAUUGUCUCUUGCAAACCGGAGGAGUUUGCCACAAUCGUAACGACAUUGGAAACCUCUGCCACAACUACGCCGGACACAUGCGUGAACCUUCUUACAACCUCCAAAGCGAUAACAUAUCGCGUUUAUGACAUGCCUGUAGAGUUGGUUUCAACACUAUUGCAAGUAGCCGGCAAUAGUGAGACCACUGGUUCCCUUCGAAGUAAAUGCCUGCGAGUAUUAGGAAAUUACGUGUCUGUUCUGGAACAGCAUUUGCGAAAGGAUGGCAGUGUGUCACAAAUGGAAGAGAAUAGAAAACGAUGGAAGUCUGUCCUGGACCAGCCAGAGAUUUUUAACUGCAUGGAUAGAAAUUUGGUGGUGUCUGAAGAGAACGGUGCUACUUCCCUUGUGGUGAAAAACGCAUUACGGUUACUUGUGUUUCUAGUCCAGUCAACCGAUCCUAUGAUUCGGCCACUUGUCGACGAUCUCCGUAGGCAGAUUGCACAGCGAUGGAUGAGCCAGUUGGUCAACAUGCUGGAGGAUAGCCCUGUAGAAGUUGUGGGGUACUGUGUGGCACUGAUCGAUUCGGCGGUCGAUAUAUAUGAGGGUUUUAACGGUUCGAAACAGUGGGAGCUGAUAGAGCGACUUUUGCCAUACUUCAGAAAGUUAGAGCUAUACCGAGGCCCAGAUGGUGUACUCCGGGAUAAGUAUAUGGGAGUAAAGAAAUAUGCUCUCAGAAUACUAGUGGCAUUCAUGACUCGAGAGGAGUGGAAACUCGCGAAUACCCCAUACUCCCAUAGUCAGGCGAUCAUCGAUGCCCUAACAGAUAUGAAGGUCGCUAACGAGAAUCAAAUCUUAUUCCGAGCAGUGGAUGAGUGUCUGACGUUGGUUGGUGCCACGGAAUCGCAUAGUCUUCCGAUGGAAAUAGAUGGCGAGGAAUAGGAAUAGAAUAGCAUAACUGUGGGCUUACUUCUGUUGCGAGAAGGAUGAUGUACAUUGUAUUAUAGAUUUCGUUGUUUCAUUUAUGGAUUCUGCGACCGAUUCUAGGUGUUUGUAAGAGCGUUAUCGUAUGAUCACAAACCAUAACUGCGACGCCGAUGUAAAUGGCAGAUCAUUAUGGGGCUGCACAUAGUUUGGAC